GUAAUAUUGUGUUAUUUAUCAAAACUUCAUUCUGAGACGAGAUUAAUUUGUAUCAGAUCGCCAUCUCCCGAUCGGCGAAAAUCGAAUAACGGAAAAUCGAAGAAUCGGAACAUUAUCAGGCGUAAAGCGAAACUCGAGAAUUACGACGCCGAUCUAUCGAUGGACAGCCUGAAUUCCAUUGUGCCUCUACGAAUCGACAAAAAUGGGAAGAUCAAUAUUGAGGAUCGUGCUGAAAAAAAGAUGCGAUCGGACAACGCUUCUUGCAAUACGAACCGUGCAGAACGAUCGGACAACGAUAAUUCCAAUGUCUGGUGCGGUCAAGAGAUCUUAUCCAAGCUGUCAUCAUUGAGAAGCGGACUUUUGAUGAAGCAAAUCGAGUGGGAUUCCGAGCGAUGUCUGGUCUCACCCGCUGCGUCCGAAGUCUUUUAAAUGCCCGCAGAAUUUCGUUGUUUCCUUUCGUUUUUUUUUUUCGUUUGCAUAGAAAGUGAGAUCGAGUAGAAUGCAAAAGGGGUUUUGAGAAAUACGUUGUUUGUUUCUUCAAGCAAACAACGCGAGGUAUUCAAACGCCUUUCUCGCAUUGCAGAUUUAGAUAAUGGCCUUUCAACUGGACGAUCUGUUGAAGGACGAUAAGAAGGAUGCGAAUUUGAUACCUGAUUUGAGCAAGUCGACCUGUAAUUCUUACGAAGAGUUCCGGCGACUCAAGGAACACUGUCCGGAGUUUAAGAUCAAACCGGAAAAGGUAAAAAGAGAAGACAUCAAGGUCCGCGACAAAGAUUUUUCUUGGAAAGCGACCAAGAAAGAGCUCAAAGCCAUCGGCAGGGAAUGGGCUUAUGGCGAUCCAGUUCCACCUGAUAUGAGAGAAUUGGAUCUACAAGAGCUGCAACAAGUCGCCAUCGAUUGGCGAAUGCUGACUCCCAUCAGACCAAAGCUUCGUCAGGACGAAGAAAUGUUUUCGAGAUUGGUGGAGAUGGGCAAAUUAGAGGCGAAGACCAUAAUGAAAGAACGUCGUUCGCCAACAAGUCCUAUUAGACGAAGUAAGAAUCGCGCGGGGAUAAUCGAAAGCAGCGUAAAAACCUGCAGAGAAUGCGGCGAGGAAUAUUGUUUCGGCGAAUUUUGCGGAGAUGUCCUCUACGACUCCUUCGUAAGGGUGGCCGUUGCCAUCAAGCAGCCAAAGAUUAAAAUAUCCGCGGACACCGAGGCGAUAAUCGCCAACAUGGAACGUAAGAAAAAAAAGAAAAAGAAGAAAGGGAAAAAGCGGGUCAAGAACAAGAACAAAUCGUCUAGAAAGUCCGCCAGAUUGUUGGUCAAUGGUAAAGCGAGAAGAUCGAUAACGGAUCUUGAAAUUAAAAUUGUUAAAACGAAAGAUAAUCGAGAACAAAAUGAGAAACCGGUGAAACAGUUUAAGAGAAAAUGUAGCAAGUAUACAAAGAAAGGCCUUUUACGCAAAUAACGCAAAUAUAUAAAGUUAUAAUAUUAAUGAAAAAAUUUGGAAAUCUGUAAAAAUUUCUUGCACGUGCUCUAAAAAUACCUCAUACAUCCAUUUGUAUAUGUAGAUUAUUCUUAUUAUAUAAGAAGCUUUUCGAUAAAUAUUUAAAACAUAUUAAUAAUUUAUAAAAAAUAUGAUCUAAAAAUAUUUUAAUCAAGUAAAACGGUAAUUAUACAUGCGGCACCUAAAUUUUUGGUGUAAUCUACUUAUUAAGAAAAUAUUUGAAUAAGAUAUUAUAAAUAAGUAGAUAAGAAGCGCAUAUAUAUAUGAGAAUAUAUAAUUAACUAGAAUUAGAAUAUUACAAAAUACGCGCCAUUGAAAAAUUAAACAAAUGAGAAUACGAUUGCUCGAUAAAUAAAAGGAAGAACCAACUCGAAAUGUUUUGCAUUUUACUAUUUGUCUGUGUAUUCUAUGAUUCCUCGAUAUAGGUAUAUACAAAUCGGAUAGGCGCAAUGUGUGUAUGUGAAUGCUCCCAAUUAAAUGCUGGAAAAAUAUAACUUUUAUUCACUUUGUGUCUUUCUUUUCUCUCUCUUUCUCUGUCUUUCGUUACUUUGUCUUAAGACACAUUCCAUAAUUCUCACACAUUUUUCCAUAGAUAUCACAACCAAAAAGCGUACCCUCACGAGAAAUGUUCCGUUCGUCGAGCGAGACAAGUGCAAAAAAUAUAUAUUUAUGUAUAUAUAUAAUAUAUCUCUUGCAUUGCACAAAUAUAUAGAAAUAUUUCGAUUAUAUAUAUAUCAUAAUUUCAAGAAUAUAAACGCAUAAUCGUAAUUACUCGAUUCACGUGAGCAGAAUAUUUCUCAUCAAUUUUAUAUCUUUCCCAUUGAGUUUGAACGCAUACGUUUUAUUUGUCAUAUUUUCCCGGUUUGCGUUAAUACGCUCACAUAAUGAUAAGAUUUAAGUCAAUCGAAACAUACGCAUUUUGCACGAAAUAUAUAUGUAUAUUCUGCACAAACACACACGCACAAACACACACAUACAGUGAAUUUAAUAUUAAUUUGUCACAUGUGUUAUGAUUGCAACAAUCGAUGAAUAAAAUAAAUUAUAUAUGUGUAACUUUAUAUAUAUAUUCGACAUUGUCGUGUCGCGCUUUUGUUUAUCUAUCUCUUUUCCUUAUCUUAUCUCUAUGUUGCAGUCGAUAUUUCGAAUGCGAUCAGUCCUCGUAUGUGCCGUGCAAUGAUAAAUUAUAAUUACAUCGAAUCACGCGACUAAAAUAGGCCAUCGUAAUCGCGCCAUAUCGUCGUUAUAUUUCGAUGGAAGAAUCGGAAAUAUAUAUUUUCAAAAUGCAACAUAUAAACUCUGUGUCCCUGAUACGAGGACAUACAUCAUUAUUAAUUAAAUUUAUGGAAAGUGUACAACACGCUAUGGAUUUGUAAUCGAAGUAUGCUGUAUUAUUGGUGCAUAUAGGUCAUUUUUAAAAAUAAAAAAAAAUUCAAAUCUGAGAAUCUCUUUUUACAAAACAAAUACGGUGUGUUUCAUAGUGUUUUUCUUGCCUAACUAUUUUUGAAAUGGAUAGCUCGUGUGUAAUUCGUUUUGGACGCUGAUUAAUUCUUCGAAAAUAUCCUUAAAAUCUGAUCGCUGGAUCUCCAUCGCUGCAGAGACUGUCCCGAUGGACUGUGUUAACGCAACAUUGCACAUAUACAUUUAGUAAGGAGAGAACAUUACUCGUGUAUUAAUAUACAUAUGUACAAUGACAAUAUAAUACUUUUCCGAUUUUAUAGUCGACUCGUGUCUCGCUUCUAAUUUUUUCGUCCCUAUACUUUGUUGAUUUUUGUUUGAAAAUCUUCUUGAAAAUACUAGACAUAUGAGAAAAAAUAUUCUCCUCCAUCUCUCCCCGUUCGAGCUUUCAGCAGAGCAUUUGACAUCCGACAUAUCAAAUAUGUAUUGAAGCAUGAUAUUCGAAAUACACAUAUUCGGCUUCAUAUUUCGCCACGAUAAACUAUAUACUCGUUCUCGCGAAUGCCAUGUAGCGAUGUAAUGAUUUUGGGAAUAGUAUUUAGAAAAAUAGUAUUAAUUUCUUUGUGCGUCCUUGUCAGUGUGAUUCAUUAGCCACUUUUCAUUUUCCUUUUCGCACGAUUGUUAAGUUCUCCGUUCUAAUUAGCCAGUUAAACUAACGAUUGCAUCAUUAUACAAACAGUAUCGACAUUUAAAACUUCGCGAAUUUAUUACUUUUGGAAAAUUUGGAAAGCAUUAUUUAAGCUGUUAUCUUAUAAUGGCAUUCCUCGGUGAUAAUUUAACUCACCACUGUCCGUAACAUCUCCAUCUACCUAUCGCUUCAGCUCUUUGCAACACACGAAAUCACGUACAUAUUUUCAUUUGUAAUACACAGACCACUGUUUAGAAAAAUAAUUUUAUAAAAGUUUCGCAGAGAAAAGAACUUGGUUCUAUCGUCUAAAUUAAAUUAGCUACUCAAUUAGCUACUCGGAUAAUCGCUUAACCGCUAAUUAUCAUUCAAUUGAAAUUUCUUAGUGAUGCCACAAAGAGUCAAGCGACGAUGAGAGAAAAGAUUUACGCAGUCUUAUCGAUCGUGAAAGACUUAAAUAUAUAGAAUGGCCGUAAAUACGAUAGCUAAAUUUUUGAUAUCCAUAAAUUAUUGUAUGAAAUUUAGCCUUUCAAACAUGAUUCAGAGAAGAGAGAUGAUACUUUUUGGCACGGGGUAUAUACAGUUGACACAAGCAAUUUGAUUUAUGUGACAAUUAGGUCGUUGCUUGCAGUUUUAUAAUUCAAGCUUGCUCGAUGUAUUUCACAAAUAAAUUCAUUUUUUUCUUCCUUUUUACAUAAUUUUAUACGACCAUCACCACAAUAAAUUUUCAGCAAAUUUUGAAAGUAUAAGUGCGUAACCCGAAAAAUUCAUCUACAUAGUAAUCUUCCUCUUUCUUUUUUUUUUGUAUGUGUAUAUACGCGUGUGUGUAUUUAUGAGAAUAUAUUGAUAUCCAGUAUAUAAAAUAUCAAUGGCUAUUCAAACAGGAUAGAUACUUCUUUCCCUCUCUCCCUCUCUGCCCCUUUCUACACUUAAAAGUUAUAAGUAAUUUAGCAUUUUAGUUUGCAACAUUCAAGUGUAAUGUUCAGGUAUAGUACUCUUAUCACAAUAUUGUCAUAAAUUUUAAAUGAUAUCACUCUCUCUCUCUCUCUCUCUCAUUCGCUCUGUUUCUUUCUAAAAUUAUUUAUACAAUUUUACAUGUUAACAGAUAAUUCUUAAAAUCAUUUAGAAUGUUGUCAUAACAUAUAUUCUAUAACAACAAUAGUAAUCUGUUUGCUCACACAUCAAGUCAUUCUCGUAUGAAUAUAAUCUUUUUUUUAUAUAUAUUUAAUAUAUUUCUGUCGCGCGCGCGCGCCCAUUUUUCUUCAGAUAAAAUAUAUAAGCUAGGACAUUCCGAGAAAAAUGUGAAAUUCUGAAUAGCUUUCUAAUAUUUCUAAUAACACUUUUGCGCAACGUUAGCCUUAUAGAGUUUAGCAUCUAAUAGCAAUAGAGGAUAUUGAUAACGUGUAUUCUGACACAGUAAUA